AAAAUCUUGAUGAUGUUUCUUAAGCAAAAAAAAGUAGUGCACAUAGCCAAAUUUCAAAUUCAACUUCUCACUCUUCAUUAACAGCCGUUGAUUCCCCACCAACCAAGGGUUCAGAUCUCUCGAAAAUAUUCUCUCUCCAAAAUUCACAUAAUCUUGAAUGCUCUCUUUCCCUUUCUUUCUAUUUCCAUCUCUCUAAAAUCCCCUGUUUUUCCUCUGUUCUUCUUCUUCUUGUUCAUCUACUUCAAAUUAAGGGGAAAAAGAUUCGAACUUUCGUCGAUUUUUCCAUUUAGAUAGCCAAGAAAAUCAUAUGGGUAUGUUUGGAUUGUGACAGAAAAUCAUAAAGGUUAGUGCAAUAAUAAAAGAAAUGCCAGUUUCAACAAGGUCUCAGAAUACAAAGGUUGAAGAUGAAUAUGGAGGAUCAACAAUAACAACAGAGCAAACAGAGAAUACAAAAAUGGCUUAUGCAUUGAAAAACCCACAUCAUGGUUUGAAAGAAAAGUUAAAAUCUUUAACCCUUUUAUAUGAGCAGCAAAAAUUAGCUUCAAAUGGUGGAAAAAUCCAGAAUUUGAAACCCCAAGAUCAAAAAAUUUCUCCUAUUCCAUCUCUAGAUCGAAAUGGGUCCAUGAAAUUUGAAGAUUAUGAAUCAAGAAAGCAUACAUUUCCUCCAAUUCCACCCAAAGAUCGAAGCGAUUCGACAAAAAAAGAGGAGACAGAAUCACUACCACUACCAUUACCACUACCACCAACAACAACAACAACAAUAGCAACAAGAAGAACAAGAACAGAAAGAUCAGGGAGUGAAAGAAGUCCAAUGAUGAAAGAAAAUUCAAAGCCAAAUGCAAGAGUAACAAAAACCUAUGUGAUACCCAAAUCCCCAAAGGCAAAUUUAGAUGAUAGAAAUGAGAAUGUGGCAGGAAAUGGGGAUCGAAUAGUCGGGUUUUCGUGCCCUCGAAAGGCGGUAGUUUCGAGCAAUGUGGCAAGGAAAUUGUCAUUAGGAUCACAAAUGGAUGGAAGAGGAGGAGAUAGGAGAAUGUCAUCAUGUCAAGAAAUGAAUCCCUUGUUUGAGAGGCAGAGUACUAGUAGGAAUAACAAUAACAAUAGCAGGGUUUUGGUGUUUGUUAGGCUUAGGCCUAUGAUGAAUAGAGAAAAAGAAGCUGGAUGUCGAACCUGCAUUCGAAUUCUUAAUCGAAGGGAUGUUUAUUUGACUGAUUUUGCUUCUGAUAAUGAUUAUUUGAGGUUGAACAGAUUUAGAGGAAGACAUUUUACUUUUGAUGCUUCUUUUCCUGAGUCUGCUUCUCAACUUGAUGUUUAUUCUACAACAACAGCAGAUCUUGUUGAAGCUGUGUUGCAAGGGAGGAAUGGAUCAGUAUUUUGUUACGGUGCGACAGGCGCCGGAAAAACUUACACAAUGCUUGGAACAGUGGAAAAUCCAGGAGUAAUGGUGUUGGCAAUCAAGGAUUUAUUUACCAAGAUAAGGCAGAGAAGUUAUGAUGGUAAUCAUGUUGUUCAUCUAUCUUAUUUAGAGGUCUAUAAUGAGACUGUCAGAGAUUUACUCUCUCCUGGAAGGCCUUUGGUUCUUAGAGAAGACAAACAGGGAAUUAUGGCAGCUGGUUUAUCACAGUAUAGAGCUUAUUCUACAGAUGAGGUAAUGGCGUUACUUCUUCAAGGGAACAAGAAUAGGACUACUGAACCAACUAGAGCAAAUGAGACAUCUUCCAGAUCCCAUGCUAUACUUCAGGUUAUGAUCGAAUACAGAACGAGAGAUGCUUCGAUGAAUAUGAUCAAUCGUGUAGGAAAACUUUCGUUGAUCGAUCUAGCUGGCUCAGAGAGAGCCCUAGCUACAGAUCAAAGAACCUUGAGAUCAGUGGAAGGUGCAAACAUAAACCGCUCACUUCUAGCACUUAGCAGCUGCAUUAAUGCCCUUGUUGAAGGAAAGAAGCACAUACCCUAUAGGAAUUCCAAGCUCACACAACUCCUUAAGGACUCCCUUGGUGGAGCUUGCAAUACAGUUAUGAUUGCAAAUAUCAGCCCUAGUAACCUCUCAUUUGGUGAAACACAAAACACCCUUCAUUGGGCUGAUCGUGCCAAGGAGAUUCGAAACAAGGUAUAUGAAACGAAUGAAGAACUGGUGCUAGAUUCAGAAUCUGAUGCUGAUCAAGCUAAGCUGUUACUCGAAGUACAGAAGGAAAACCGAGAACUUCGAGUACAACUAGCAAGACAACAACAGAAGCUAUUAAGUCUUCAAGCUCAGUCUAUAGCUGCAAAUUCCUCACCAACUCCUCCUUCUGCUCGUUCUAUUCUAACUCCGCCUCCUUCAUCGAACAAACAAAGGCCUAAGACUCCAUUACAAAAUACACCAGAACCAAAUAAGAAGAAAGUAUCUGAAGAAACUGUAAGAGAACUGCAACAGGUGGUAAAAAUAUUGGAAGGAGAGAUGGAAAAAGUGAAAAAGGAUCAUGCAUUGCAAAUGAAGAAAAAGGAUGACAAAAUUAGGGAGUUAACGGCGAAAUUAACUAAAGGGGCGAGACCAAGAGAUGAAGGUUUGAAAAGCAUAAUUACUAGAACAAGCUUAAGGCCAAAAGAACCAAAUACAGGAGAGGUAAAAGCUCCUGGUCACAGGUUCACGUCUCCUGCACCAGCAGCGAAGAAAAGGACUUUCUGGGAUAUAACAGCAGCUAAUAGUCCUUCAGUCACAACCUUAAAUGGCAGAAAAACAAGAAGCCAUGUUCAUGCUGAGCCUAUAGGUCCACCUUCCAUGCUCCUUCAGCUUGCACAUCCAUGUAUGUGGUCUGUGUUGAUCCUCGGACUACACAUCGCCAAUUACAUCAUACAGCCAGGUUUUGCUCGGCAAAGACUUAGUCCCUUCAAACAGUGAUGGAGAAUACAAAGAGAUAUCCUGCAUGACAUACAUAUCCAAAAUUGAACUCAACUGAUCAUAAAGUUCAGAUCAGGAAUACAUUCAGCUAGCAGCCUGUUAGUUGGUGAUUCGAGACUUGGAGCUCGAAGACAGAACAUUCCUUACUCUGCCUGGUGCUUCUGUUUUAUUUACUCAACCAAGCUUGAAGGACAAAUGAAUGAACAAACAAACAGAUUCAGUUGAAGAAUGAGUUUAUAUCAAAUUAUGAGUGUAGUUCAGCAAUAAAAUGCUGCACAAUUUGUAUCUUUGUUAGUUGAUAGACCCCAUUUUCUUCUAGUUAGGAAGCCAUUGCUGUAGAGAACAUGUCCAUUUUUUCAUUCUUUUUAUUAUGAAAAUUUUUAUAUGGGUCUCUCCUUGUUAGAUGGAGACCAAUGGCUUCUUUAUAAAAUUUCAAAUACUUACUGCUGAACUCUCUAGUUGUGCUUCAACAGUUCCAUAUACAAUGGCAGCCUGUUUGAAAGGAGGUAAAUGAAUAGCGGUUAUG